ACAUGGCGGCUUCUGUGGAGGAGCUGGGUGAAAUAUUCUAGCUUCGUGAGCGAGAAAGUGUUCAAAGCCAGACUGCAGUAAUAUGAAAACAUGGCUUUGAUAAAGCACGUGGUGUGCGCCAUGUCUGGCGGCGUUGACAGCUCCGUCGCAGCGUUACUGCUGAAGAGACGAGGCUACAACGUGACUGGAGUUUUUAUGAAGAACUGGGAUUCUCUGGAUGAGAAGGGGGUCUGCACUACAGAGAAGGACUGUGAGGACGCAUACAGAGUGUGCCAGAGCCUGGAUGUCCCCUUUCAUCAAGUCUCCUAUGUCAAAGAGUACUGGCAUGAAGUUUUCAGUAAUCUGUUGAAGGAAUAUGAGAGAGGAAGAACACCAAACCCAGACAUACUAUGCAACAAGCACAUCAAAUUUAACCACUUCCACAAAUAUGCCAUCGACACCCUGGGUUCUGAUGCCAUGGCAACAGGCCACUAUGCCAGGACAUCACAGGAAGAUGAUGAAGUUUUCGAACAGGCUCACACAGCUCCGCCCACCACGCUGUUCAGAGAUCGAUUUGAGAUCCGAAAUCCUGUGAAGCUGUACAAAGGGGCCGAUCUCCUCAAGGACCAGACUUUCUUUCUCAGUCAGAUCCCACAACAAGCCUUACGACAAACCAUGUUCCCGCUCGCUGGACUCACCAAAGAAUUUGUGAAAAAGAUGGCUGCUGAGGCCGGGUUUCACCAUGUGCUGAAGAAGAAAGAGAGCAUGGGUAUCUGCUUUAUUGGAGAGAGAAACUUUGAAAACUUCAUCUUGGAGUAUCUGGAACCCAAACCUGGGAACUUUGUCUCCAUUGAGGAUGGAACUGUAAUGGGAACCCACAAAGGUUGGUUCACACUGACACUGGGCCAAAGGGCAAGGAUAGGCGGGCAGAGAGACGCCUGGUUUGUGGUGGACAAAGACAUCGUUACUGGAGAUGUGUUUGUGGCUCCGACAACCAAUCACCCAGCUCUUUUCCGCGACACCGUGCGAACGGAGCGUUUCCACUGGGUAACAGAAGACCCGCCCCCCGAACUAGUCAGGACCCAAAUGAUGGAUUGUCACUUCCGCUUCAUCCACCAGAUGCCGCUCGUUGCCUGCACAGUAACUCUGAACAUGGACGGCUCUGUGUGGAUUUUGCUCUCCCAGCCAGUCAGAGCUCUGACACCUGGACAGUUUGCCGUGCUCUACAAAGGGGACGAGUGUUUGGGCAGUGGGAAGAUCACCCAGCUUGGGCCGAGCGAAUUCACGCUGCAGAAGGGCCGCGAGCGGAUGGUAGCAGCCUUUCAGCGCAAAGAGCAGUCGACCCCUGAACCAGACAGCUGAGAGGAGCUCACAGUCCGGCUGUGGGGGAAAUGCACUGUGUGCAGCACAUGAGCUGCGAGCACCCUGUGAGGAACAUAAGCCAGUCCAAGAGAUGGGUGGACCGGCUUUAGUGACACAGGGCAGAUGCUCAGGGAGGCAGCAGAGGGUUGAUUGGAUUUUUAAAGGCUCCAGGAAACAGCAGUGUUUCGUUUUUGUUUGUUUUUUUUUAACAUAAGUAGAUCUCUACUGUUUUUAACCUAAUAUAAUCUCUCCGUCCAAGAUCUGUACCAACACCACAGCGAUAACUUCCAGGUACUGCUUGUUGUUGGCUUCACUACGAGGACAAAGAUGCACUCGUGAAAUGCGAUUAUUUAAUUGAA